AUGGCUUUCAAGAAGAUUAUCAUCGUCGGCGCAGGCCCAUCCGGUCUCAUUCUCGGCCUCCUGCUCUCCAAACAAGGUGUGGAAGUCGAUCUCCUCGAUGCCGACACAAAGGUCAACGACCAGCCGCGCGCAGCACACUAUGCCUCCCCGGCUGCCUACGAGCUCGACCGCGCAGGUGUCCUCGACGAUGUGAAAUCCCGCGGCUUCACCUUUGGAACCAUGGCCUGGCGCAAGCCCGACACCACAUUCGUGGCUGGAACCACCACUGAGCAUCUUCCUGCAGACUACCCGCACCGCAUGGUGGUGCUGCCGCUCGACCUCCUCGGCCAGCUGCUGGUCGAGCACAUCCAGCGCCAACCCACGGCGCAUCUCAAAUGGUCUCAUCGCGUGCUGAAAGUCGGACAGGAUGCGGACCAGGCGUGGGUGGAUGUCGAGACUCCAACAGGCCAGCACCGCAUGCAGGCAGACUAUGUCAUCGGGUGCGACGGCGCAAGCAGUACCGUUCGCCGCGAGCUCUUCGGGCCCGAAUACCCAGGUGAAACACUCAACGCGCAAAUCAUCGCCACAAAUGUCUACUAUGACUUCACAAAAACCCUCCCCUCAGACUCAAACUUUAUAAUCCACCCGGACAAUCUCUACAUGGCGGCCCGGAUCACAAACGACGGGCUGUACCGGGUAACAUACAAGGAAAUACCCAACCUCAGCCGCGAGGAAUACGUCGCCCGCCAACCAAAGCGCUAUGAAGACAUUCUCCCCGGGCACCCAAAGCCAGGAGAGUACAAGAUCACCAAUAUCUCGCCUUAUAAACUGCAGCAGCGCUGUGCACCGUCGUUCCGUGUUGGGAGGGUUGUCCUCGCGGCUGAUGCGGCGCAUUUGUGUAAUCCUUUCGGCGGUCUCGGGCUAACAGGUGGAAUCGCCGACGUGGGCUGUCUCUACGACGCGCUAAUCGGGAUCCACAAAGGACUCGCGGACUCAAGCAUCCUCGACAAAUAUGCUGAGAUCCGCAGACAGAUCUGGGUUGACAUCAUUGACCCGAUGUCGCGGGAGAAUUUUGCGCGCCUGCACCAGGAUGCGGACACGGCGCGCGAGAACGAUCCGUUCUUUAAGAUCUGUAUACAGGCGGAAACGGAUAAGGAUCUGAGCAGGGAGCUUGCGUUGGGGUAUGAUAAGUUGAGGGUUGAUAUGUCGCAGUUUUAUACUCGGGGGUCUCAGAUUUAG